ACCUGCGCCGUGUUCAGACGUCAUCCGACGAGACGUUCGCGAAACGCCUUCUUCUUAGCUUUGUAGUGUUUUGCCCGUGGUUGAGAGAAAGAGAGAGUGGAAGGGGUUGAAAAAUAUCAAUGAAGUGAAGACCGAAUUGUGGUUCAGAACCGGAUUGAUCAAUUCGGUGCAAUUGGUGAAUUCUUGGCGAAAUUGAUCGCAAUAGUACAUGUAUACAGGAGUUGGUUCAGUACAAACUGUCGACGUGUCGCAGAGUACUGGAAGAGGUGCAACUACUGUGAAUUGGGCCAGCUGAACCUGGUGAAGAAUAAUAUAGAUAUCGAAUGAUUCUGUACGAGGGAUGAAGUUUUAACAAAUCGGUUCGACUUGAAACGGCGCGAUCGCACUCAUCGUGAAGGGAUAACAAAGAUUAUCGAUUGCAGUGGCUGGUUGAAUUUCGUGCAAGAGAUAUCCAUGAAAGUGUGAGAAAAGAGAUUCCUGAGUCGGGGGAAAAUCAUUCAGCCAUAUUUGAGUUGGUUAUAAUAUUUCGCUUCCCGUCUUUUUCUAGCGCGAGCUUUUUUCCGCUCCCAUGUUUUUUCCUCUGAUCCGGGCAGAAGGUUGGAAAGAGCGCGAAACAUACGUGAUCGGAAUGUGGUGCCUUUAGGGGCCUCUGAAGCCAAGUGAGUGUGUUUACUUACGGGUGAAGCAUAUGAAAGAGUGUUUGUGUUCAAACCGCGCAUGGAUUACGAGAGAUCUGAACCCGAGAACACGAGAAUCUGUUAUGGUGUGAUGGUGUGAUUUUCUUUCUCUUCUUCUCGCGGAACGUUCUCGGAGUUUCGGAUAUUAUUACGUUGCCUGGUUUUACGAUACUAGAAAACUUGCAAGCUGUAAGAAAAAGGCACUGUGCUGCAGUAGAGCUGAAGGAAGUUGAAAAAAUAACGAGUGUCGUGUUUUGUUUCGUUAGAGUCACGAAGAAGAAGAGGUCCCCUUGAAACAGAACUCUGACCGCUCAUAUGAAAGAACGAAAGAUGGGAGACUCGACACCUAUUUGUCGCUGUCGUGUACUCUAUCUUGGUAGUGCCGUUCCCCGGCAGAGUAAGGAUGGCCUCCAAGGUAUUCAGGAACCACUCAGAAGUUUGUACCCUUCGGAAGGAGCUAUCGGUGCCAAAGGUAUUGAUUCCUGGCUGAGCGUUUGGUCUAACGGAAUUCUGCUCGAGAAUGUGGAUGAAAAUCGGAAACAGGUCACCCGAUUUUUUCCGAUUGAUUCAUUGCAUUAUUGUGCCGCUGUGAGGCAGGUUUUGAUACCGGAGCGGGGUAACAAUAAUCCGGAGCCGAAAUUUCUUCCACUGGAUUCACCCUUCGCAAGGACACCCCGAGCCCAGCAUCCGCCAAUUUUCGCGGCUAUCUUGCGGCGGACCACGGGAAUCAAAGUGCUCGAAUGUCAUACAUUCAUUUGCAAAAGGGAAGCCGCUGCCAACGCUUUGGUCCGCUGUUGCUUCCAUGCCUACGCUGAUAAUUCGUACGCUCGGCAGCUGGAAGGAUCCGGCAGUGGAAGCUCCAAUAGUGUGUACGGAACGAUCGGUGGCAAAUCCAAUGGUACAGCGGAAGGCGGCUGGCGGUCACGUGCCGGUAGCACUACCACGUUGAACAGUGUUGGCGUUGGUAGUCGACAGGCAAUUAACGGUGUUGGUGAAGCGUAUACAGUGAAAAAUCUUUACGCCAGUAGCGCCGAUUUGGACGUGGUGGACGACGGAGACGGAAGUUCGCUUUAUAAUGGCGACGAAAACCACAAAGUUUGGAGCGGUUCGACUGAUCAACUGGAUGGUAUCGGUGUGGAUAACGGCCAUUAUGAUAUUUACUCUGGUACAGGAUCGACGCUGGGGCGUCCGACGAGAGCUCGACAGAUCAGUGCUCCUAUUCCGGUGCCCCCACCACCGAAAGAGGAGUUAAAGAAGCUGAAGAAAGAGGUGAAAAAACAGUCCAAACAACAGCUACAGGUAGGAAGUCAAAGUCUAUCCGGUACGCUUAUAAGACCACGUCCAAUGCACAUGAAUCCACUAGGUCGACCCGGGCCACCCCCACCCGGAGGUCCCGCCGGUCAUCCUGGGAUGAUGAUGUAUGCGAUGGGACCACCGCCACCUCCUCCGCACGGUGGUCGUCAGUUUCACACCAUAGGCCACCGGAGCCAUAAUGGUGUUGGCAUGCCUCCGAUGAUGCACCACCAAAUGCAACUCCAUCCGGGAAUGCACCCGGUCCAGAUGAUGCAACACAUACCCCCUCAGUAUGCAACGCUACAGCACCCUCGCAGCAGUAAGAAAAAGAAAGAUAAAAACAAGAUGAAUGGUGGCAUUCCGAUCGGUGUUCCAGUAGUUCCCCCGAUGUUCGCCUACCCGCCCCAACCCGGAUCGGUUCUUGAGCCUCGGCCCCUUUCCAUGAGCAACCGGAAGCUCGCACAAUCGGCCGCUGCGGGGUUGGAUGAGGCGGGCAACUCGGGAGCGGAAUCCCCUGGAGGCACUGGAAUUUACCGCCGUAAAGGACACCUCAACGAACGGGCCUUCAGCUAUUCAAUCCGGCAGGAACACCGCAGCCGAAGUCACGGCUCGUUAGCUAGUCUACAGUUCAACCCGCCCGACCUUAAGAAGGAACGCGAGAUUGCCCAAAUGGUCGCGGGGCUCGAGUUGAACGACGAAUCCACGCUGCAGCGGAGGCGAUCCGAAGCGAUGAUGGCCACCUCAUCCGGCACGUUUGGUAAACCCCGGAGAUGAAGCGGGUGGGCACCGCCACCGAGGGUUUCAACGGAGGAGGUGUACGUGAAUUCGCUUGGAAUGAAGAUUCGGGAACGACGCGGUGUAUAGUUUUCAAUGUAUGCGACUCUGUUGAUUUCUGUUUACGAAGAACUCAAAAUUGUAUAGAAAACAUGAACUGCAUAAUGUCAAACAACUGUGUAGUGAAAACGAUGAAACGUGAUUGAAUAAUAGUCGAUUAAUACGAUAUUCAUCAACAGUAGACUCAAAUUACGAAAAAAUGCCACCUGAAACAUUUUUCGUUUAGCCGCUCAGUGUAAUUUGUGUCAUACCUAUUAUUUGCAAAACCCUUCUACCACUUUGCCAAUAAUCAUCAAUACCAAAAACCUGCGUUUUUCCUCAGUUCACCACCACCCAACUCGUAUCCCGAGAGUCUGCAUUGCGUGCAGAGAGACCGAUCAAUGUGUGCUAUAAAUGUAAUUAUCAUCGAAACAAGUUAUUAGGAGAACAUGUUACAUAUGUAAUAAAUUAAGCUCCACUGUAAUGAAAACUUAGGUCUAUAUAUAUAUGAUUCAAACUUGAAUUGAAUAAUCAGUUUGUGCUAGAAUAUACAUCACAAAAAACUUAGUGAUGACUGCUAAUUUUACUGAACACGAGUCAUCGGUGAUUCCGGGCCGCAGAAAACGCUUAACGAGCAAAUCGGCAGUCCAAAAUAAGAUUUUAAAGCGUUUUAAAUUUACAUUUGCAAAGAAGCAAACGAACAUACGAAAUAAUUUAACGGAUAUAAAGCGGAGAGAAAAAGAUGAAAUCACGAUGUGCCUUAUUAAGUAAUUAGAUAAUUCAAUUAUACAAACAACGACGGAGGACGCUGUUUAGUGUUAUGAAUAAAUUAACGAAAGAAAAAUGUUGUACAUAAAAAAAAUCGCAUAUGUAACAAAUAAAUAGUGUCGGAAAUAUCGUGUCCGAUUGGCAAGAAAGAGUGAAACAGUGGUUCGAAUUAUACACAUUUUUUGUACAUUCACGAUAAGUGUCAAGCAGAGGGAACAAGUGGAGGCGAAGUUACAGCCCAGAAGUAAUUAUGUAUGAACAAAAAUUCAAAAGUAUGCGAAAGUGGGAAACAAGGUAAAGAGGUUCCGAUAUACACCUUGAAUGCGUUGCUGCAGGUAAACCUAAUUAUGGAUAAAUCAGAAAAAAGGCACGCAACACAAGAAAGCGAACCACACUCGAAUAUUGGAAAACAGACAAUUUCACCCUCGGGGCUAAGUAGGAGCGGGCUUCUUCAAAGUCCGCUGCAUUCAUUGGCGAAAGAAGUGCGUGAAAAAAGGAACAGAAAACAUGCCAUCCAAAAAUCGAAAACCUUUCUCUCGUGCCGAUUGUUGUCUACCCGAACCAAACGACAAAGUCAGGGUUCCAACAGACGGACCUCAAAAGCUCGAUCGAUCAUUUUAAGUAACUUACUUAUAUCAUUUUCCCGUUUAUACUAAAUAUUUUAAUAAAGUGAAAUUUUAUUGUAAUCCUA